AUGGGUGUAUAUGGAGGAUUUAUUUUGACUGCUUACAUAAAAGCUGAAGGAAAGGCAGUAAUUCUAGAUAGUCAAUUGACUUCACCAACAAAUAUGAGAUCGCCAGUCAAAAAUGUUAAUGACAUUAAACAAGGUCGACUAUCUGUUGCCGUUCCUGGAUUUCUCAAAGGAAUUUUAGAAAUUCAUGAAAAGUAUGGUUCAGUGAAAUGGCGAAGUCUCAUUGAACCAACAAUUGCCUUAUGUAAAAAGGGUGUAGCAAUUACCAAACAUUUUUACGACUCGAUGCACGUUAACCAAAAUAUCUUAAAUGAUCAUUAUUUGAGAGAAGUUCUUAUUGAUAAAGAUACACAAAAAUUCAAAAAACCAGGUUCUAAAAUAGUUUUAAAAAAGCAAUGUAAAUUUUUGGGAAUUCUCGCUGAUCACGAUGACACUGAUACAGGUUCGAGUGUCCUUGAAGAGGUGAUAAUGAAAGAUUUUGUGGAUGCUGCGACAAUGAUAACUAAAAAUGACUUCAAGCAAUACAAAUCUAAAUGGGCUGAAGCUCUUGAAUAUUUUAUUAAUGAUAAUGAUGUAAUGCUUUUACCAAACACAGGUGCUGUUUUAAUUCCAUCAAUAAUUAACAUUAUCAAAGAGUUCAACUUGAAUGCAUCGUCUUUGAAUAGCGAAAUAAACAAGAAUGACACAAUUCUAACGCAUCAUCGUAUUAUAGAAACGUUCAAGCAUGUUUUCGCUUUAAGGCCACAUUUCAGUGAUCCUUAUUAUAAUAACGUAACUGAAAUUACAAAUAAAUUGUUAUCAGAAGAAUUUGCUAAAGAAAUCGCGCGUCGCAUUGAUGAUGAAAAGACAUUUCAUGACCCAGAAAAAUAUUUCGCCAAGUUCAUUGCACCAGAUAAUGACGGAACUUCGCAUUUAUCGUUAAUUGCAGCAAAUGGUGAUGCAAUAUCAGUAACAAGUUCGAUAAACUACUAUUUUGGUGCUGGAAUAGCUGGGAAUCACACAGGAUUAAUUUUCAAUAACGGAAUGGAUGAUUUCUCUUAUCCAGAAAGAUCUUUUAAUUAUUUUGGAUUAAAAGAAACGCCAACAAAUUACCCAGAACCAGAUAAACGCGCAUUAUCAUCAAUGUCACCGAUUAUUGUGGUUGAUAGAACGACAGGAGAUGUUAAGCUAGUCAUUGGAGCAGCAGGUGGUUCAAAAAUUAUCACUGCUCUUGCUCUCGCAAUAAUGCGUUUCAUGUGCUGUACAAAAGAUAUUAAAGAAAUUGUAGACGCUCCUCGUUUCCAUCACCAACUUUUUCCUGAUGAAAUCGAAUACGAAUAUGGAAUGAUAAUUGAUAUUGUUGAAGGACUUGUCGCCAAGGGUCAUAGAAUGAAGAGAUUUAAUAAUCGAGGAACAAUUGUUAAUGCUUUAUCUCGAAAUGAUGAAGGAAUUAAUGGUGUUGCUGACUUUAGAAAGGAUUGGAGUGGCCGAGUUCAACAACAACAACAAGUUCAUCCUGUUCCAGUGACAACAAGCACUAGCGGUGGACAUACUUCCAGCAUGCAGAAACCCAAUCAGUCAUUCCCUAUCAAUCCGCAAGCGGCUAAUAUAACCCAAAAGCUGAAUGAUGAUAACAAGAACCAAAUACCGCCGUCUUUAGUUCAGCAGACGACCCAAAACAAUAACAACCAUGGUAUGGGUGGAGGAGGCCAACAACAAUUAAUAAGCACUCAACAUCAACAGACAAUUAACCGUAAUUUAAGUCAUCAAAGUUCGUAUCAAACCCAACAGCUUAUGAUGACCCAGAAAGGAGGAAUAAUUCAGCAAAUGCAACAAAUGGCGUACCAGAGUCAACAAUUUUCACAGGGAUCACCAACUGUCGCUCCAUCGCAACAGUCACAAAUUCAUCAUUCAUCUUUACCACCUCAGCAAAAUAUUUUACAAAAACUUCAAGCUUCGAUUCCUCAAUCAGUUCAUCAAAUGAAACAAUCGCCAAUGCAACAACAGCCACAACAACAAAUGAAGCUUGUUGGAAAUUCGCCACCACCACCAACGUCUCAGCAUGGCAUGCAAUAUUCACCAUCAAAGCCUAUGCAUCAACAUCCACAAAUGAAAACGACGGCAAAAUUAGCCUCGCCUGGAAGCCAAUUGCAAAGUUUACAAAAGUCACCGACAGUACUUACUCCGCCACACUCGGUAAGCCAACAAGCACAAUCACAAAACAAAAAUCUGCCUUUAACACCACCUGUUUCGAUCACUAUGGCACCAUCAUCUCAAGCGGUUUCUGCAUCAAAUGCGAGUGCUUCCAAGACUCAAUCUUCAAGCACAACAAUCAAGCAGUCAUCGCCGCAAGCUCCUUUGUUGACACAAACUAAUACUUCGUCUGCUGCUGUGCCAUUAGUUACAAUAACUCCACAACAGUCACUUUCAAAGCCAACAGAUUCACCAAUGACCAAAGCUGUUGAACAGUCAAAGGAAUCAGCAGCAAUUGUUGCUCUUACGCAAAACAAAAUUGUACCUAAAACGAAUAUUGAAGAGAAAAAGUCGAUUGUGACAUCAAACAGUUCAUCGGAAUUGCAUAAAGUUGACAAAUCAGCUUCAGCACCGACGGUUGCAUCGCCACCGCCACCUUUAAAAACAGCUGUUCCAGCUCAGGUUCCAACAAAGAGUACAAUGCGUCUAGCAACUGUGACGCCAGCACGUCAAAAGAAACCUCAAAUAGCAAACAAUAAAAAACCUUCACCAACAACUUCAGUUGGCAAUGUCCAGAAGCAAACGACAACAAAAACAACCUCGACGACACCGACAACAUCACCACAAGCUAAGCAACCUUCGGAGCCUCCAAAGACACCAACAACUAAGAAGCUUCAAGUCCCGACUUCAGUUCCAAACCAACAAGCUUCUGUCUCUCCAAAAUCUAAUCCAAUUGCAUCAACAUCUCAAUCAAAUUCGUCUUCGGCAGGUCCAUCAACAAGUAGCGUCACAACUCCUAAAACAAAACGAGCUCGAGUGAAAGUGCAACCAUAUCAAAGUCCAACGCCUGAGCUUGCUUUAGUCACAAAGUUAUCGACACAAAUUGCUAAUUCAAAUAAGAACGGAAAUGAUGAUAAGUUGACGAUUUUCUACAAAAACGAAUUUCUUGCUGUUCGCAAUGGGGAAGGCGGAUUUUAUUUAUGUCAAGCAAUGCAUAAUGUUUACAAAUCAUCGCCAAAGAUUCGCAUUCGUUGGUUGGAUGAAACACAUGAAGGAACGGUUAAUGAGAAAGGAGCUCGAACUUAUACGCUUGAUUUUUUUGACAUUACUGAUUUUGAAUGCGUCCUCACAACUGUUGAUCUUGAUAGAGGCGCAGGAAAGUCUUACGAAUUAUCUAAAGACGAGCAUGCUCGAAUUGAAAGCAUUUUAAAGAAAGCGAUUGAUGUUGAGAAAGGACUCGUUCCAAGACCAACAGUGACAGAGGAAAAUCCUGAUGGAUUGGACUUAUCACUAUACAAAGAUGAAUCACAACUUGAUAAAAUCUCACCCCGUAAGAGACGACGUGAUGCUAAAAGCUCGAGUGAAAAUGAUGACGAUGACGACGAUGAUGAUGAUGACGAUGACGAUGAUGAUUAUCGUGAAUCACCACGUAAGAAGAAUACCAAACGUCAACAAGUUGUUAAGAAAUCUGCAGGAAAGAAAGCAACGACAACAAAAGAUGAAAGUACAGAAAGUGAUGAAGAAAAUUUGAUGGAAAUUAAAAAGAAAGCAAAACGACAGGUGGCUGAUAACACGACAUCGAAACCAGAAAAACCUUUAAGCCCUAAAAAGGCUGCACCAGAACCAAUUCCAUCAACAAGCAAAGCUUCUAUAACGCCACAAAGUGCUAGAGGUAGAAAACGCACAUUACAACCGGUUGUUGAAGAAAUUCCCCUGAAAGUCACUAAAGGUGUAGAGAAAAUUGAAUCUCCUGUUGCUAAAUCAACACCAGCAAAAGGAAAAGCAGCAACAAAAGCCAAGCCUGUCACUAAAACAGCAGAAAUGGAGACAACAGUUGUUGUUGAGAAGAAAUCAGCACCAGAGAAAAAACCAAUUGUCGAGAAAAAGCUUGCAGGGAAGAAACCAGCUGAUGACAAACCAACAGCUGCAGUAAAACCUUCAACAACAAAAGCAAGUGUCGUGGAGAAGACGCCUGUCAAAGUAGCUCCUGUAAAGAAGACACCAGUUAAAGCAAAAGUGUCUCCAGCAACACCUUCGACCUCUUCAGACCAAUCUGGGUUGCCAUCGACAUCAUCGAGACCCCGAAAUACAAGAUCCAAGAAAUGAUGAGGCUAAGAAACAUUAAAAAUAUGUAAAAGAGAAUCACAUGAGAACUCGAAGUAACCGUUUGUACAUUUAGCUAAAACAAAAUUCAUUCUUUCGAUCAUAUAUCAACACAGUUAUGAAAAAAUUGAUAAGAUUACCGAAUUUUUAAGAAAAAAAUUGAUUAUUUACAAAAGAAAAGUUGUAAAGCAUAAAAACCUUAAGAAAAAGUUGACUUACGAGUCAACAAGUUUAGUAAAAUACAAAACAAAAGAUAGAAAACUUCUCUUGGUUAAUAAUGAAGAAAAAAAAGGAAAAUUUAGACUUUAAUUAUAUUACGAGAAAUUAAGAAAGAGAAAAAAUGUAGUAAAUUCUUAAUUUUUCAUUAAAUUCUUUAACUUCAAGAAACUUAUGAAAGAAAAUAAUUUUUUGUUAUAAAUUUUAGUUCUGAUAUGCAAAGAAAAAAAUGUUUAAUGUAGUGGCGAGUAAUCUGUAACGUUUAAGUAAGUCAAAAGAGAAAAGUUUUAUUUUAUUUCUUAAUCGCAACAUAAGCAAAAGAAAAAUUAUUCGAGGAUCAAUCGACGUUCCCUGAUAAUGAAAAGUUUUAAUUAAAUUUGAUUUGAUGAAUCAAAUAAAAAAAAUCUCAACUUUUUCUCUUGUUUGUGCUUUCUCAACAUCGGUUGCUUAAAGUGUUUUUUUUUCCAAAAAUAUUUUUCGUGUUUAUUAUUUGUUAAUUCACUUUCAAUUUACAUUGCAAUCUUAGCUUUUAAGUAAAUUCAGCUCUCAGUUUUUCUGCAAUUAAAAAACUUGAAUAAAUGCUUGCAAUUUUAAAUUCAAAAAUCACUUUUUAU